GGGCGUGGUUUACGGGAGCAAGAUGGCGCCCGCCAUGCUGAUGCGGAAGGUUCUGCUGUGGCCCGCAGCCCAGGGACUCCUCCGGAACUUUUGGGAGCAACUGCAGCGGAAACUUCGGCAGAGCCGGCCAGGCUUUCCCAGUCCUCAGUGGGGACCAGCAUUAGCGGUCCAAGGUCCAGCUAUGUUUACAGAACCAGCAAAUGAUACCAAUGGCAGUAAGGAGAUUUCCAGCUUUUUGGAGAACAUCUUUUGGAUGGCAGCUCCCAAAAACAGACGCAGCAUUGAAGUUAACAGGUGUAGGAGAAGAAACCCUCAUAAGCUUAUUAAAGUUAAGGAAAAAGAAAACACGAGUUUGAAUAAAAUCAUUUACGUAACCGAUUCGUUCAUGUUCUGAACAGUAGAGAUGAACUUCAUCCCUACCUGUCUGCGUCAUCAAGAUGUUGAGACAGAUUACUUUUGGAAGGAGGGGUCCAAGUUUUGUUUGGGAGAGGUGGGUCAGGAGGUGAUGUCCCCUCUGAGCUUGGUGACAGUCCCCUCCAUCUUCCUGUCUCCUUUAGCCAGUUCCUAGCAGAUUGCCAGAUGCUGAAGGUCUAAGCGUCUGACUUCACUGCAUCUCCUAGCCAGGGUCCUCCUUCAAACCCUAAUCAUCUCUUUUCUGAGCUGUUACAAUGCACUUUCCAAUUACUGGUUUCCAGCCUUCUCAUAUUUCUCAUUCAUUUUAAUAGUUUUUCACUUACAAAAUUAAUACAUCACUAUAGUUAAUGAAGUAAUGCAUAGUAUAUAAGCGAAAAGUGAAGAAUUGUUACUCCACCACUAUGGAGUAUAUGCUUCUCAAUGCCACACUCUGGUUUCUGAAACACUUCUGAUCGUAUCACUCCCUGAUCAAAACCAGACUCCUAAUGAAACCCUCUCUGGUGUUCUCACGAUCUGUCCCAGUCUUUGUGCCCACCUCCCAACACAGCGAGGUACACACCCCACCCCUCAGUUUGUUGAAAUUAUAACCACGUGUAGCAGAGCUUGUGAUGCCCUCCUCAGCACGCAUCACCCCCCCCAUCCUCAUUUGGGCCCACUCUGUCCCACCUCACUGAGUCUUCCUCUCAGACCCCCUUACUGAUUCCUUCUCUUCCCCCUAACCUCUUGAGAGUGCCCAAGGCUCUAUUCUUGGGGGUCUCAUACACUGUUACGGCUUUAAACGGCAACUCUAUCUUGACGCCUUCCAAUUUGGUAUGGGCCAAAUUUCUGGCAUGGGCCUCUCCCCUGAACUCCAGAUUCAUAUUCAACUGUGUACAGUAAGCCCCCUACAUACGAACCUUCAAGUUUCGAACUUUCAAAGAUGCAUCAGCGCGUUCCAUCAGCGUCAGGCGUGAGUGAAAUCGCAGCUUGCCCUCCGUCUC